ACCAGCAAGUAAAAUCAAGGCAGACAAAAGACGCUGCAGAUGAAUCAGAGAACCUGAGAAACAGCCCAGCUGAUAAUCUGCAUUGAAGAGAGGAUCAAGACUGUGACUCUAGUUGAGUAUCUGAUUCUAGCUGCUGCAUUAUAUCCAGACAGCUGAGUGAACUUGGUCGGUGAGAAACUGACUGCUCCAAGUUUCAGGCUUCCAGAAGUCCUGAACCAAUCCCUCUUGCACCUUAAGGGUUUUCUUUAACUCUUCAGCCUCUGGAAGUUACUGACUGAGACCUAAGACAUCAGUGACAGGCCACUGAAACCUGGAGCAACGGUGCUUGUCUGCUCAGAGGAAGAAAACUGGAGAUUUUGGUUAUCUUCCGCCGUAGUAAUUCAAUCGUUGCCUCCAGAAGAAUUCCUCCCCAUCGGGUGCAUGGACAAGUCUUCGUCUUCAAAGCCUCCUCUUCAAACUCACCAGUUUCAGCAUUAGGAAAAGACAGUGAAACAAGAUGAACAAUUCAUAUUAUUCAUACUCCGACUACGAUUACUACAACUCCACUGACGACUAUGCACCAUGUGCUUUAAGUAGCAACUACAGUUUUAACACUGUGGUUGCUCCGUACAUUCACUCCAUCAUCUGCAUCCUGGGCUUUGUGGGCAACAGCCUGGUAAUCCUCACCUAUGCCCUCUACAAAAGGACCAAAUCCAUGACGGACGUCUUCCUGCUGAAUGUCGCCAUCGCUGACCUGCUGUUCGUGCUGGCUCUACCUUUCAUCGUCUACAACGAGCUGUACUCUUGGCCGAUGGGUUUGGUGGCCUGCAAGCUGCUGCGUGGUUCCUACAGUGUCAACCUGUACAGCGGCAUGCUGAUGCUGGCCUGCAUCAGCACCGACCGCUACAUCGCUAUCGUCCAGGCUCGCCGGAGCUACAGGUUACGCUCGCUGUCUUACAGCCGCAUUCUCUGUGCCCUGAUCUGGGUCUUUGCCUUACUGGUGUCUGUUCCCACUUUCUACUACUACAACUGGUACAAACCAGGACACAACGAGAUUAUCUGGGUCAAUGCCACGGAUGAGAUGGAGACAACAGAUUCACAUUACGUCUGUGAGUGGAAAUUUAAGGACAGUAAGACGGCAAAGGCAGUGAAGGUGGCUGUUCCCAGCAUCCAGGUCGCCAUUGGCUUCUUCCUGCCGCUGCUCAUCAUGAUCUUCUGCUACACCGCAGUCAUCAUCACCCUGCAGAAUGCUAAAAACUUCCAGCGACACAAAGCAGACCCAGUGGUGCUGGUCGUGGUUGUGGUGUUCAUCGUCUGCCACCUGCCUUACAACCUCGUUCUCAUGUACGACACGAUCCAUAUGUUCAAACUAAGCGAUUGUACCGAGGAGGACACCCUGUACACUGCAAAAUCUGUGCUGCAGACCCUCGCCUACCUGCACUGCUGCCUGAACCCAGUGCUGUACGCCUUCAUCGGGGUGAAGUUCAGGAACCACUUCAGGAGGAUGUUCCAGGACCUGUGGUGUGUGGGUAAGAGGUACAUCACCCCACGCCGCUUCUCCAGGGUCACCUCCGAUACCUACAUGUCCACAAUCCGCCGCUCUGUGGAUGGGUCCAGUGAAAACGGCUCGUCUUUUACCAUGUGAAGAUGUCAAUCUCAGGAGCUCUGAUUCAGACCUGCAGGUCUUUAAAGUCCUAACUUGAUGUUUAUGUAAAUGGUUUUGCUUUCAAGCUAAUUUCAGCCACAACAUCUUGAAUUUAGAAAGGACUAAACGAGAGAACAAAUCAUGACACCCCCUGUUGUUCUCCACAUCUCCUCGCUUAUGAGGACAUCUAUUGCCCACAGCCCCCUCCAGGUGACUCUACAGAUUUAGUUCUGGACUUUGACUAGGCCAGGGUGACUAGGAUUUACAGCCACCAUUUAUUUCUAUUUUUAGAUUUUAAUAUUAUUAAAACCAUUUUCUUCUAUUCUAAAAUGAUGUAAAAAACCAGAUAGUUUCCAACCUAAUGACAAGAAAAAUAGAAAUACUACUGGUACCUUUAGUGUUGUUCUGUUGUAGAAAUGACUUUCUGUUAUUCAUAGAAAAAACUGAAUAACUGCUAAAACCUGCAUUUGUUAUAUCUAUAUUUUUCAAAACAUUAUUUGUUUCUUUAUCAUAUUUUAACCAGUUAUGAAGAACCAUUGUGUAAGGUCCAAAGAACCAUAGAGGCCGGUCCCCCUGGAUUAGGCCAGGCCAGAACUUUAAUUAUCUUCUGAUGAAGCCAUUUCCAUGUAUGUUUGGACUCACUGUGAUACAGAAAAAUAAAAUCCUGAUUCUAUCUGAAGAACAGUAAACCUACAGCAUGAUGCUGCCACCACCAUGCUUCCCUGGGGGUUUGGUGUUCUUUUGGAAUUGUGGCCCUAAAGUUCAGAUGUGGCCUCAUCCAAGGUUUUGGGUUAUUUUAGCCCGACCUGGAGGAUUUCUUCUGUCUCCCAACCCAACUCUUUAGUCCAGACAUGUGGAGAACACACCCAGUACUUGCUGGAAAGUCCUGCAGCUCCUCCAGUGCUGCUUAUGGCCUCUAAGCAGUCUCCAUGAUUCUGCCUCGUCUUUUACGUUUGGAGAAAUGUCCAGUUUUGAUGAUGUCACUCCUGUCCCAUAUUUUCUAACUUUAUUUGUGACAUUUGUGAUAAAUAAAGGCUGUGGAUUGUUCCUCAUAUUCAGGUGUGCCCUCAAGAACAGCUGGUUUGCAGCUGAACCAAAGCGUAUUUAAAGUCUUAGUUUAAAGGUGUGGAUCCGGCAGAAGCUCCCACUUUAUAAAAGAUCGUUAUUGUUGAUCUUAUAUAUUUAGCGUAUAAGAACUGGUGAAUGUCUUCAAAAUCUUGACAAAUGUCUAUUAAAUAUAAUUUAGGAAGAUUAAUCCUAAUAUUUUACUGACAUUCAGUGAUUCGUCUUUUUUUUUGCUUCAUCUGUUGAACUUGUUUAACCUGAUUACGUUAAAUAUACAGGAUUCAUUUCUCAGCACGAGGUUGCUCUCUUUCUUUAUCGUCUUCAAUGUUCUUCCAGCUUUUCUCUGCC